AUGCUGGUGGCACUGGUGGCUGUCCCCGAGGUGACACUGGUGGCUGUCCCCGUGCUGGUGGCACUGGUGGCUGUCCCCGAGGUGACACUGGUGGCUGUCCCUGUGGUGAUGGCACUGGUGGCUGUCCCCGAGGUGACACUGGUGGCUGUCCCCAUGCUGGUGGCACUGGUGGCUGUCCCCGAGGUGACACUGGUGGCUGUCCCCAUAGUGGUGGCCGGAGCCAUCCUGGUGUUCCUGAGGCCCCAAAUCCCGGGAGGUGCUGCAGGGAUGGGGGGGGCUGAGGAGCCCCCCGGGGUCUCAUGCGUGGAGGGAAUCCCAUGGCCCCCGGACCCCCGGACCGCCCCCGUGCCCAGCCCAGGCCCCGCAGCCCCUGACAGCCCCAGGACCCCCCCGGCCGGCCCCGGGGAGCCCCAGCAGCCACGCCCCAGCCCCCGCCCCCGGCGCGCCGGUGCCGCCGCCGCGCGCCCCCGGGACCGGCUCGGGCUGCGGCGGCGGCGGCGGCGGGACCGGGCCCGGCCCCAGGCCCGGGGCACCGCAGCUCCACGGAGGGAACGGGCACGGCGGGACCGAGACCGGGCACGGCGGGACCGAGACCGGGCACGGCAGCUCGGGGGUGGCGGGGACGCGCAGCUGCGGUUGCGCGGGGGAGGGGGCGGGACACGGUUCCGUGGGCAGGACACGGACACGGACACGGACACGUGGGUAGGACGUGUCCGUGUGGUCACCGUGUGUCCCCGUCACGGGCAAGACACGGCCACGUCCCCCACGAGCGCCACGCGUCCCCCCACGAGUGGGACACGGACCUGUGGUCACAGGAUGUCCCCCGUCGCCCCCGCUCCGCUGAGCCAUGCGGGAUCGCCCGGAGCUGUCCCCAGCAGAGCCAUGAGCAGCUGUCGCUACAAUGGGGGGGUGACACGGCCCCGGGGCCCCCUGAGCUCCUCCGCCCGCACCCCUGAACCCCCGGACGGCGAAACGCAACCGCUGCACCCCUGCCCCAGCCCGCGGUUCCAGGUGGUCGUGUCGCGACCGGAGCAUCCCGGGGGGACCGAGCCCGGUUCUGUGACCACCGCAGCGGGUCAAGAGGCGAGCGAGGAGCGAGCGGGCGAGCGGAGGAGGAACCAGAACAUCGGCUACAAGCUGGGCCACCGGAGAGCUCUGUUCGAGAAACGCAAGCGCCUGAGCGACUACGCGCUGAUUUUUGGGAUGUUCGGGAUCGUGGUGAUGGUGACAGAGACGGAGCUGUCCUGGGGGGUCUACAGCAAGGAAUCGUCGUAUUCGUUCGCGCUGAAAUGUCUCAUCAGCCUCUCGACGCUCAUCCUGCUGGGGCUCAUCGUGAUGUAUCAUGCCAGGGAGAUCCAGCUCUUCAUGGUGGACAACGGCGCCGACGACUGGCGCAUCGCCAUGACCUCGGAGCGCGUCUUCUUCAUCGCUCUGGAGCUCGUGGUGUGCGCCAUCCACCCCAUCCCCGGGCAGUACCUGUUCACCUGGACCGCCCGCCUGGCCUUCACCUACGCGGCCUCGGUGGCCCACGCCGACGUGGACAUCGUCUUGUCCAUCCCCAUGUUCUUGAGGCUCUACCUGUUGGGUCGGGUGAUGUUGCUGCACAGCAAACUCUUCACCGACGCCUCGUCCCGCAGUAUCGGCGCGCUCAAUAAAAUUAAUUUCAACACGCGCUUCGUUAUGAAGACGCUCAUGACCAUCUGUCCCGGCACAGUGCUGCUGGUGUUCAGCAUCUCGUCGUGGAUCAUCGCGGCCUGGACCGUGCGGGUCUGCGAGAGGGACAAACUGUACCACGACAAGCAGGAGGUGACCAGUAACUUUUUGGGGGCCAUGUGGCUGAUCUCCAUCACCUUCCUGUCCAUCGGCUACGGGGACAUGGUGCCACACACGUACUGCGGCAAGGGAGUGUGCCUGCUCACCGGCAUCAUGGGCGCUGGCUGCACCGCCCUGGUGGUGGCCGUGGUGGCCCGGAAGCUGGAGCUGACCAAAGCUGAGAAACACGUGCACAACUUCAUGAUGGACACGCAGCUCACCAAGAGGGUGAAGAACGCCGCUGCCAACGUGCUCAGGGAAACGUGGCUCAUCUACAAACACACCAAGCUGGUGAAGAAGAUCGACCACGCCAAAGUUCGGACCCACCAGCGUAAGUUCCUCCAAGCCAUCCAUCAAGCUCAGAAGCUGAGGAGUGUGAAGAUGGAGCAGCGCAAACUCAACGACCAGGCCAACACCUUGGUGGACCUGGCCAAGACGCAGGCGCUGAUGUCGGAGCUGCUGGCGGAGCUGCAGGAGCGCCACGAGGAUCUGGAGAAGCGGCUGGCGGCGCUGGAGGCGCAGCUGGAGGCGCUGGGGCUGAGCCUGCUGGCCCUGCCCGGGCGAGUGAGCCAAGCCCUGGGCCAGCAGCGCCACCCCCCGGGCCCGUGGCCACCGCGCCCCUGCUCGGCCACCGCGCCCUGCAGCCCCGCUCGCCACCCGGCCACGGACAGCGGCUGA